AAGCGGUGACCCAGCGCUAUACCCUCGGGGUUUGGGAAUCGGAUCCACAGGGCAGCAGUCCUUCCCCAGCCCAGCGCAAACCACGCAGCGCCCACCAGCGCCGGCAAGCCCUCGCCUACUCCCACCGCUCCGCUCCGCUCUCGACCAUGACGGCGAUCAUGUCGCCAGGUUCGUCUCCAGCGACUUCGCCGCCCGCUAUUUCCUCGCCCCCUCCGAGCGCAUCCCACCCCGCACUUCCUCCCUUAAUAACCUCGCCGCCAGCGCGCAGAAGCACCCUCCCGCGCCCAAUGUCGCACGCCUCAAAGAACCGCCUGUCGCAGUACUCGACGGCUUCGAUCCCGUCGCGGUCGCGACCCCCGUCUCACAUCUUCCCCAUCUUCCCUUCGAGUCUCUCGUACGCCCUCGUACGAGACUUUGCCUAUCCCCCGGGGCACCCCAUGCAUUACGGCCCGCCCCCGGAGCCAUCGCGUCCGCCCUCGGGGAGGACUACUCCGGCGAGCGAGCAGAGACGUCUAUCCGACCCUCCGAUGGCAUGGGACAGCAAGAGCUGGGACAGCCAGUCGUGGGUCACCGAAGGCUCCGGGGGCUUCAGCAAGGCCGGCGACCUUCCCCCAAUCCAGUUCGCUGACGGGCCGCCUUGGAGCGAGGACGAGGAUCUCCAGAGCCCCGUCGUCAGUUCGCGACACAGGAAACACAAGUCAUCUUCGGGCUCGUACGGUCACGGCAGAAGCCGCAGCCAACGCGAAGUCGCGACCAGCCAGUCUAGCCAGUCCAGCUCAAUGAUGAACUCGGACAACUUUGACCACGAGCGGGGAUAUUAUGUCGGCACCAGCGGCGACGGCAGUGAACGGUACUACAUCAACCAGGGGAGCGAGGCCAACGGCCCGGGUGGCGAGUACGUCACCUAUCCCCCGGACCAGGCGCGGCACGCGGGCAAUGCCUACCAGAUUACGGACCAACAGCCUCGUCAAUAUGCCAACCCUGGUGCCGGCUUCGAUUCGGACGAGUCAAGUCCCAGCUCUUCUCCUAGCUUCCAAGUAGAGGACCAGUCCAGGUACUCGAGGGACUAUCAGUUCACCAUCACCUCUCCCGACGAGGAAAUGCAUGGGAAGGCCGUGGCGCUCUUUGAUUUUGAGCGCGAGAACGAAAACGAGUUACCACUAGUCGAAGGCCAGAUCAUAUGGGUGUCGUACAGGCACGGGCUGGGGUGGCUCGUUGCCGAGGACCCGAAGACGCAGGAAAGCGGGUUGGUGCCCGAGGAAUACGUCCGGCUCCUGCGUGACAUUGAAGGGGGGAUGAACAGCCUCACGGGCCAGCUCAGCGAGACGCCCACAAGCCCGAAUGAGGUUGGGACACCAACCCAGGCAGAGCAUCAGAACUUUGGCCAAUCGCCCGCCCCGAGCGUCACGACCAACGGGUACCACCAGCCCGUCGUGUCAACCUUCUCGACCUCGAGCAAAGAUCUCAACCCCUACCCGCAACAUCUCCUCGGCACGCAAACGGGCCAGGCCCCACCCCAAGUCGUCCACUACCACGGGCAGCGGGGCGGCAGCCAAGCUAACACACCGACACUUCUCUUUCACCAGGACGUGGGGCCCAUGCGCCGAGGGAGCUUGGACACGGCCACCAAGAAGAGCACCGACUUACCAGGCCUCGAAACUCUCCCCGAUGUCAAGAUGGAGUCUCCCGCCUCCUCGCCUGACUCGGACUCCAAGAUGGACUUGGAUAGGUGAUGAUUGCGGUGAUUAGAAAGGACAGAUCAACAGGGGGUUUUUGGGAUUCAGAGUAAUGACGGACAGAGAUUACCAAAUUCAAGAGCAAAUGAAGCAUUCCACGGUUCAAUGAGCAUUUCACGAACGUCUUAAAGGAGCAAUAAAGAGGGGUCGGUUAUUGUAUCACUAUAUCCUAUGCGGUUGAUUGGGGGCCAAGA